AGCACCGUGUGUGGGCGCACGAGUUUCACAGAAAUGAGCGCGUGGUCGCCGCGCAUCUCCUCUUGAACUUGGCGGAGCCCGCGAGGCUCCUCCCUUUCGGCAAAUCAAGAUGCGGCAACGUUUAAGAAUUGGACGGAGAGCCUCAAAACAGAUUUCAGCGAGGGAGCUCACAUGAUCAAAGGUAAGAGGCAGCGCCUUUCACACGCGGGACGGCGUUAUUUGAUUUAUUUAUUGUUAUCAAAACAAAAAGUUGCUUCAGUCCGAAAUAAUAACUUAUUUAUCGAUAGAAAAAAUCUCACGAUAAAGAUUAGUCGACCUUGAUAAAAGUAUGCUUAGUUUCUAUUUGUCGUUGUAUGCGAACGACUUAAACCCUUAAUCAAGUUUAAUUAUGGGCCACAAAGCUGGUAAAAUUAAAUCGAACGAACACGUGAUACGUGAGCGUGAACGUGUGUUAAAGACUAAUUUUAGCUGUUAGUUUUGUCUUUAUUCAGGCAUGUUUCCUAAUGAGUCAUAUUGAAAUACAGUUGCCUCCUUCAAAUUACACAUACACAUUUAUCUUAAAUGUGGCCAAGGUGUCUAAUUCAGCUUUAGGAUGAAAUUAAUAUUUUAAGUUUUAGUUGCUCAAGUCUUAAAGUACAGUCUUAAACAUUAUAAACAUGUAUGAACAAACAAGUCUUAAGCAAUAUAACAGCAGUGGAACCUUUUGUUGUCUAUUUUACCUUUUAUCUGGCCUCAUUCCCUUUCGCAGUGAUGAACGUGGAUGAGGACAGUGGCCUGUCAGUCAGUUGCGGCAACGGCAAGCUGAGGCAGUGGCUGAUCGAUCAGAUUGACAGCCGGAGGUAUCCCGGCCUGGUGUGGGAGAAUGACGACAAGUCCAUCUUCAGGAUCCCGUGGAAACACGCGGGCAAACAGGACUAUAACCGAGAGGAGGACGCUGCGCUGUUCAAGGCAUGGGCGAUGUUCAAGGGGAAAUACAAGGAAGGUGUGGACAAGCCGGACCCGCCGACGUGGAAGACCAGAUUACGCUGUGCUCUUAAUAAAAGCAAUGACUUCGACGAGCUGGUGGACAGGAGCCAGCUCGACAUCUCGGAGCCCUACAAAGUGUACAGAAUCAUCCCCGAGGGCGCCAAAAAGGGAUUGAAGAUAAGCAGCAUGGACGAGAUGCCAUCACAUGUAAAUGCCCUGGGCUACAUAGCUCCGUACACGUCUCUGCACAACCAGGUUCCCGGCUACGUGGUCGCUCAGGAGCGAAGGGACUGGAGGGAGUAUCCGGCCGUGGAGCAGCAGCCCCUUCCGCCGCCGCACCACCCCGGCCCGCACGCCGACCUGCAGUACGGCCAGUGCCACUACCCGUCGCCCAUCAGCCGAGCUUGGCCCGGGUCGCACGCGGAAAACGGUUUCCAGCUCUCCUUCCACACCUGCCUAUCAGAAUCCCAGCCGCCCCUGUACACAAUGGAUCACUCCACCAUCACAGAUCUCAGCCUACACGUGUCCCUGUACUACAGAGAGUCUUUGGUGAAGGAAGUCACUAUCACCAGCCCGGAAGGCUGCCGCAUCACCUCUUCCUCCUCCUCUUCCCCAUCGUCUUCCUCCUCUUCCUCGCCCUGCCCAGAGGACAAGUUUCACAGUGGGGCAGAGGUCGUCCUUUUCCCCUUCCCGUUCCCCGAGUCCCAGAGACAGGGCGCUGACAUGCUUCCUAACAUACUGGAGAAGGGCGUGCUUUUGUGGAUGAUGCCCGACGGGUUGUACGCCAAGCGCCUGUGCCAGGGCCGGGUGUACUGGGAAGGCCCUCUGGCUCCGUACAUGGAUAAACCCAACAAACUGGAGAAGGAGCAGCCAAGCAAGUUGUUCGACACCCAGCAGUUCCUCAUCGAGCUUCAAGACUUUGCCCACAAUGGUCGACAUCUUCCGAGACACCAGGUGGUGCUGUGUUUUGGAGACGAGUAUCCUGAUCCCCAGCGUCCGAGGAAGUUGAUCACAGCCCAGGUGGAGCCAGCGUUUGCUAGGAAGCUGAUCAACUAUUACCAGCAGAACAAUGGCCCCUACCUGCGGGCCUACGAUCACAUCCAGGACCCCAACACGUCGCUGGCGGUCGACUACCCCCCGCAGAGAGCCCUGCAGCACAUUCAGGACUGACCAGCAUGCACGGGAGCUGCACGUCCACAGAAAGGCAGCGCGGCGCUCAGACCGUAGACGGUGCCGCUGUGAACGACGAACGCUGUCACGUUACGAAGGGGUAGCGAUGGGGAAGACCCUGUCGUUUUCACUUGCACACCUAUGCCUUGUCGUCUUUGUGUCUGUGUCUGUGGAGUGAUGUGUGUGUGUGUGUGUGUGUGUGUUUUUUUUAUUAUUGUGACAGUGUGAAGGAUGCGGUUUGAGGGCGGGGGUUUAGGGGGAGCGGAGGGCGACUGAGUCAGGAAGUACUAGCACAGGUGCACAGGAAGAAUGUCCCCCAGCACGAGCGCUGGUACGUCGAGGGGAUGGAGCCGAGCAUGAAUGAAGACUCGUUGCUUUGUCGCCUUAUUAUUGUCAAGACAAUCACAGACUUUCCCUUUCGAGCUACUUCUGCUACUGCUGCGGUUCUGGUGCGGCGUGUCGCUCGGCGUGCAAAACAACAUUACUCUAGCGGAGGAAAUGAACUGUCAACAGUGUUAGCGCCGCAGAGCUACUUCUAUUCAAUUGUGUAAAAUUGCUUAUUUGUGUGAUUUGCAGCUAAAUUAUAAAACUCAGUCCCGAUAAUCAAAACAAUUGGUGUUUUUAGCGCAUGCUAGCAGUUUACAGUACUGCAGUCAGCUAAUGGUUGAUCAUUUUUUAUUUUACCAUGUGUUUACAAUAACAUCCUAUACGUACUGUAAUUCCAUUCAGUGCCUACAGCUGUGAGGACCAGUGGCUUAUUGGUGGAGGUUCAGCACUAACACUGUGCUUCGCUAAUUCACUGUUGCUCAAAGCCUCUCGUCCUGCUUUGACCUACCACUCGCUGUCUGUCGUCACGAGAGACUGGCCAUAAAAGCCUCGACCCGAUAGACCGUAGGAGCUUAAGCGGAAGGAUCACACUCAUCCUGUAACUUGCAGGGAAACUGUACCUGUUCCUCUUCACCUGAAACUAGAGGCCCCGCGAAUGGGAAGGAAAACUACCUUCGCGGUGUGCGCGCGGGCUGAGCCAGGGAAGGGCUUCUCGGUUCCCAUGCCCGAGAGACGCCGCUGAGGCUCGCUGGACGGGAUGCCGGUCCAGGAGGCGCGCCCCCCUGCAGCGCACUGGGUUCACCGUGUAACAUAAGAUACGAAAACCAAGGCGACGGAGACAAUUCCUCCCGAUGCUGGAGUCCUAAGGCUGGUGCUGCAGUGGGAUGGAUGAGGACUGCCGUUGUGUUCUUCUUCUGUGGUCCAGAGUUUCGAUCUGUACAUGUACUUCCUUCGCGCUGAAACCACAUCACUUUCACAAUGCCUGACCAAAAUCACAGGCAGGAAUGCCGUGUGUCUUUUUUCUGCUCCAACGCCUCCCCGUGCCUCCCUGAUUCAUCAUCGAGUGCAGUUUUACUUCACCCUCUGACAUUUGACUCAGUCUAAAUCAAAUCCUUAUAGUAAACAUGCUGUUUGGUGUGUGUGUGUGUGUGUGUGUGUGUGUGUGUGUGUGUGUGUGUGUGUGUGUGUGUGUGUGUGUGUGUGUGUGUGUGUGUGUGUAGGUGGCCGCACAGUCGCGCUAUUACGGUUAUCAGAAAUUGACAUUUAUGGACUCGGGAUAAAACAAGUGACUCCCCCACCUACGUACGACAUCAGUGACUCAGACACAGACACUCAUCUAUUUCACAUUACAGUUACAGUUAAACCUUUAGAGCAGGCGGGAGAGGAAAUCACAAAAUAAAUGUGUUUCAUAAAUUGUGGUUGUAGCAUUUUCAUACAGAGCAAUACCAAUAACAAGAGAUGAAUAUGGAGAUUGUGUAAUGUGAAACUGCCACAUGAAGAGAUGAUUUACUUUUGAAAUAAACCUAAAGAGUCUUUUA